GAUUAUUCACCCUCGUUUUUCGUUUUUUCCGCCUCGCAUCUAUUUAUCGGCGAUCGAUUGUGUUUGAGUUCCACAAAAGAUGGCGGACCGAACACCUGGAGGCUCUCAUAAAGCAGGCGCUAAGGCGCUGCUGGAGAGCAAACUAAAGUCUUUCAGCAUCGGAAAACUGUCAGCGACCAAGAGAACGCUAAGCAAAAAAGAGCAAGAUGAGAUCAAGAAAAAGGAGGACGAGCGUGCAGCAGCAGAGAUCUAUGAGGAGUUUCUUGCUGCGUUUGAAGGCGGCGGAGAGGGAAAAAUCAAAGCUUUUGUCCGUGGUGGAAUUGCAAACGCCACGAAAGAGGAGGCAGCAGUAGAUGAGAAGAAAGGGAAGCUGUACAAGCCCAAGUCACGUUUUGAGGCAGAAAGCAAAACCGUCUUGCCUCAGGAAAGUCCAACGCCUCAGUUCUUACCACUGGACAAGCGACAACUGGCGAAGAAAAUGACCGAGAAGGAGAGGAAGAAGAGCAACCUGGAGCUGUUUAAAGAGGAGCUGAAACAGAUCCAGGAGGAGAGGGACGAGCGGCACAAGCAGAAGGGGAGAGUUAGUCGAUUUGAACCUCUCAGCGGCGCAGAGGGCAGACGUUCAUCGGAUGGUUCCUCACGAAGAAACCGUCCGUCCAGUGUUUUGGAUGACUGUGCGCCCGGCUCACACGAUGUGGGAGACCCCUCCACCACUAACUUGUAUCUGGGCAACAUCAAUCCACAGAUGAACGAGGAGAUGCUGUGUCAGGAGUUUGGGCGCUACGGACCUCUGGCCAGCGUCAAGAUCAUGUGGCCCAGGACUGACGAGGAGAGGGCACGGGAGAGGAACUGUGGCUUUGUGGCCUUCAUGAACAGGAGGGAUGCUGAGAGAGCCCUCAAAAACCUCAAUGGGAAGAUGAUCAUGAACUUUGAGAUGAAACUGGGAUGGGGCAAAGGUGUUCCCAUCCCCCCGCACCCCAUCUACAUCCCUCCGUCCAUGAUGGAGCACACACUCCCGCCGCCUCCCUCGGGCCUCCCCUUCAACGCCCAGCCCCGCGAGAGGCUAAAGAACCCCAAUGCCCCCCUGCUGCCUCCCCCCAAAAACAAGGAGGACUUUGAGAAGACUCUGUCGCAAGCCAUAGUCAAAGUGGUUAUCCCAACAGAAAGGAAUUUGCUCUCUCUCAUCCACCGAAUGAUCGAGUUUGUGGUGCGUGAAGGCCCAAUGUUUGAAGCCAUGAUCAUGAACCGAGAAAUCAACAACCCCAUGUACAGGUUUCUGUUUGAGAACCAGAGUCCAGCACACGUUUACUACCGCUGGAAGCUCUACACCAUCCUGCAGGGCGAAGCUCCGGUCAAAUGGCGAACAGACGACUUUAGAAUGUUCAAGAAUGGCUCUCUGUGGCGCCCUCCUCCUCUCAAUCCGUACCUGCACGGUCCAUAUGACGACGGCGAGGAGGAGGAGGACGACGACGACGAGUCCAUCAAGAAAGGCGGCUUGAAAGAAGACGAGCGCGACAAGCUGGAGGAGAUGCUGCGCGCUUUGACGCCCAGGAGGGGCGACGUGGCGGAAGCCAUGUUGUUUUGUCUCAAUCGCGCCGAAGCCGCGGAAGAGAUCGUGGAAUGUGUCGCCGAGUCUCUUUCCAUCCUCAAGACUCCUCUGCCCAAGAAGAUCGCUCGCUUGUAUCUGGUGUCUGACGUGCUCUACAACUCCUCGGCCAAAGUGGCCAACGCCUCCUACUACAGGAAAUACUUCGAGAACAAGCUCUGCCAGAUCUUCUCUGACCUCAACGCCACCUACAGAAGCAUCCAGGGCCACCUUCAGAGUGAGAACUUUAAGCAACGCGUGAUGGCGUGCUUCCGAGCGUGGGAGGACUGGGCCGUGUAUCCCGAUCCUUUCCUCAUCAAGCUGCAGAACAUCUUCCUGGGCCUCGUCAACCUGGCUGCCGAAAAAGAGCCCGUUCCAGUGCCUGAGGAGGCGGAGCCAGCAGAGGACAUUGACGGAGCUCCGAUAGGCGAUUACGGGGACGCCUCUCCACUAGAAGACGUGGACGGGAUCCCCAUUGACGCGGGGGGCAUUGAUGGCGCGGUGAUUGACGGGGCGCCCCUGGACGACCUGGACGGCGUUCCCAUCAAACCCAUGGAGGAGGACCUCGAUGGCAUUCCCUUCGACCAGUCCAAGGAGGCCACGUUUAAGGUGGCGCCCUCCAAGUGGGAAGCUGUGGACGAGUCUGAGCUGGCAUCUCAAGCUGUGACCACAUCAAAGUGGGAAGCUUUUGAACAACCUGAAGAGGGCAAGAGGCACAACGACAACAGCGACGAGGAAAGGAGCCCCCGCUCAGUGGACACGCCCGGGUACUCCAACGCCAUCAGGGACGACGUGGACCUGAAGAUGAACGAGGAGAAGCGCACGAAGCUACGGGAGAUAGAAGUGAAGGUGAUGAAGUUCCAGGACGAGUUGGAGUCGGGCAAGAGGCCCAAGAAGGCGGGCCAGAGCCUCCAGGAGCAAGUGGAGCACUACAGAGACAAACUGCUGCAGAAGGAGAAGGAGAAGGAGAAGAUGGAGCGUGAGAAGGAGAAGAAGGACAAGGAGAAAGUGGACGCUCGGCUGAAGGACUUGAAGAAGGAGAAGGAGGACACGCCCACCAGGAAAGAGAAGAAGCGACGUCACAGCGGCUCUCUCAGUCCCACGCGAGGCAGCAGGCGGGGUCGCUCCACCUCUCCUCGCUCCGAGCGCUCCUACUCCAAAGACACGUCCACGCGAUCCUCCCACAAAGACUCUCCUCGGACCUCCAACAAGAAGUCCUCCAAGAGAUCUCCGUCGUCUCCUCGCACGCCCAAACGCUCCAGGCGCUCGCGCUCCAGGACGCCCAAGAAGUCGGCCAAGAAGUCGCGGUCCAAGUCCAGAUCCCCGCACAGAUCCCACAAAAAGUCCAAGAAGAGCAAACACUGAAGACCAGGUGGUCUACUUGUUGUUUUAUAUUGUACAAAAUGUCAACACGCUAGUCUGCUCUUCUUUUUCUAGUCCUCCUAAUAAAAUGUUCAUUUCGUA